GGGCAACAUGGCGGCUUCAUAUGAACUUCCCCCCCUCGGCACCUAGAGCCGCCGUUGCUGCGCUCGGCCAUGCCGGGCAUGAUGGAGAAGGGCGGCGAGCUACUGGGGGGGAAGAGCCGCGCGGCCGCCAACGGCACCAAGGGCGGCGGCGGCGGUGGCGGUGGCGGAGGCAGUCCCUCCAACGGCCACUGCUCCGAGCCGGACAGUGGCGGCGGCGACAGCGGCGACGAGCACGAUGUAGGAAUGAGGGUCGGAGCGGAAUAUCAAGCGCGCAUCCCCGACUUCGAGCCUGGUGCUACAAAAUAUACUGAUAAAGACAAUGGAGGGAUGCUUGUGUGGUCUCCAUAUCAUAGUAUUCCAGAUGCCAAGUUGGAUGAAUAUAUUGCAAUAGCAAAGGAAAAGCAUGGAUACAAUGUGGAACAGGCCCGGCAGCAAACACAGCAGUUUUAUGGAUCUGCAUACAGUUGUGGUCUGGAUUCUCUGCAAAAGAUUGAACUCUUUAUUUUCAUGACAUGCUCAGCUUGUAAUGUCACUUUUGAAAGGUUUGGUAUGUUUCUUGAUAUGCUGGGCAUGUCAUGCAAUUGUGCACUUGGCAUGUUGUUCUGGCAUAAACAUAACAUUGAGAAGUCUCUUGCGGAUCUCCCUAAUUUCACUCCUUUUCCUGAUGAGUGGACAGUUGAAGAUAAAGUCCUGUUUGAACAAGCAUUUAGUUUCCAUGGGAAGAGCUUUCACAGGAUCCAGCAAAUGCUUCCAGACAAAACCAUUGCGAGCCUUGUAAAAUAUUAUUACUCUUGGAAAAAGACUCGUUCUAGGACAAGUUUGAUGGAUCGACAGGCUCGAAAACUAGCUAAUAGAAAUAAUCAAGGUGACAGUGAUGAUGAUGUGGAAGAAGCACAUCCAAUGGAUGGAAAUGAUAGUGAUUAUGAUCCCAAAAAAGAAACCAAAAAGGAGGUAACAAACACUCUAACAAUGAAUGGCAAUAAUGAACAGCCUGUUCAAACCAGCAAAAUAGGGCUGGGUAGAAGAGAGUAUCAGAGCUUACAGCACCGCCAUCACUCUCAGCGUUCUAAGUGUCGUCCACCCAAGGGCAUGUAUCUGACCCAGGAAGAUGUGCUUGCAGUUUCCUGUAGUCCCAAUGCUGCCAAUACAAUUCUUAGACAGCUGGAUAUGGAGCUAAUCUCAUUGAAGCGACAGGUUCAAAAUGCUAAGCAAGUAAACAGUGCACUUAAACAGAAAAUGGAAGGCGGGAUAGAAGAAUUCAAACCACCUGAGACUAAUCAGAAAAUCAAUGCCCGUUGGACCACAGAAGAGCAGCUUCUUGCAGUGCAAGGUGUCCGCAAAUAUGGUAAAGAUUUUCAAGCUAUUGCAGAUGUAAUUGGCAACAAGACUGUUGGUCAAGUGAAGAACUUCUUUGUAAACUACAGGCGUCGGUUUAACUUAGAGGAGGUGUUGCAGGAGUGGGAAGCGGAACAAGGAACCCUGGCUUCUAAUGGUGAUGCUUCUACUCUAGGGGAGGACACAAAAAAUACUUCUAAUGUGCCAUCAGGAAAGAGCACUGACGAAGAAGAUGAGGCACAGGGCACUCAGUGUUCCGGUCCGUCACCUCCUGCACAGGCAUCUGCUCCAGUGCCAGCAACUCCUGUAGCAACUUUGAACCAGCCUCCUCCAUUACUUCGUCCAACGCUUCCUGCUGCUCCAGCUCUCCAUCGUCAACCUCCACCACUUCAGCAACAGGCUCGAUUUAUUCAGCCAAGACCAACUCUAAACCAGCCCCCACCACCACUCAUCCGCCCAGCUAAUUCCAUGCCUCCUCGUCUAAAUCCAAGGCCAGUGUUGUCCACAGUCAGUGGCCAACAGCCACCCUCACUUAUUGGAAUUCAGACAGAAUCACAGUCCUCUCUGCACUAAAGAAAUUGAAGUAAGGCAGAGCUGUGUUAACUCCUGAAAAUUAAAUAUUGUAUCAGUGUCUACUUUUUCUCAAAUAAUGAAGGGGAGAAAAGAGCAAGUCUUCUAAGGUAUUGAACUGGUUUCAAGAAGAGGAGGAAGCUUAAAAACUAGCAGUAGAACCAUGUGAAUGACUGUCUGUAUAAAAGAAUCUUCCAUGCAGAAGAGCUGUACAGCAAAACAAUGCCUACAGUUUAGCCCUCUUCUGUAUGAAUAACUGUUGAAGGAAGCUAACCUCUUAAAUGAAUAAAUGUUCUGCACACCGAGAUCUUGUUUAACUGAUUUUUACUCUAUUUAUUUUGAAGUUCUUUAUAUUCAGACAUCUUAGUACAGGAAAGCAGUGUCUGGCAAAUCUAGGAAUUAUGACAACUCCUGACUGUUUUAAAUAAUAAUGUGGGGAGAUAAUUUUUACGUUUUCCUAUGUUAGGAGUGCAAGAACUAAUAGUUAGCCUUCAAUUCACUUUGGCACUGUUUAGACAUGUAAUAGAAGCAUUUCAUGCACUUUUAAAAUGUAGACAGCUUUCUCUUUUAUUUUAUACUUUUCUCACACUGACUUUACAUUUUUUGGUUUAAAAAACAGUAAGGUUUCAUUAAAUACUCCUUUUGGAAGAAUAAUCUGAAGGAUCUGCUGAGCUAUUUUACCAAACAUUAAAUUUAGUGAUGUGUAUGUUCUAAGUUUACAAACACUCCAAUGCUAUGAGUCCAGUUUUCAAAUGCAACACUUUUUGUGGGCUGGCAACUUCCAGCACCAGGGAGAAUAAUAACAACUGCUGCAGUUUGGCCACUCUAGUUAUUACUCCUACAGUUUAAGUACAGAGGAGUUUAAUCCCACCUUAAAUGUUCACUUAUGCAGUUACGUAUCCCAGAUUACUACUCUUUUCCUAAGGCUUUGAUUACCAAUGUAGCCUAAAUGCUGGUGUUGACGGUUAGAAAGGAGUGUGUUCUCUCAAAUGUAGUAAUGGUGAGGAUGCAUGUUAGAUGCAAUCAUUUCCCUUGUUAAACAGGAACCUUUCCUUUCACCUGUGGCCUGUCUUGUUUUUUGAUGGCUUGUUUAUAUUUAAACCAAGUACAAAGCAAGUAACUAGUUAUACCAACCUGUGAUAUCAUUGCGGUUGAACAUUGCCUGCUUGAUUUCUAGGUUGGGAGCAAAGCAUUUUGGUGGAUUGACUAAAUUAUGACCCCAAAAUAAAAGGAAAAAUGUGACAGUGCAUUAGUUUUCCUACAAAGCUAGGCCCAAAAAUCAGAUAAAGAAGUGUUUCAACUCUCAAACAUGGUUAGUUCAGGAGCCAGUGUGGUCUGGAUCAAGCUAUGGGAAAAGUUCCAGUUUGAAUGCUGUGUGACCUGCAUCUAUAUUGAUUGUCAUGCUGUUUAUCUGGAACUGUUUUUAAUUUCAUAUCUUAUUCUUGGUCCAGUUAUAGGUGAACAUAGAAUAAACUAAAUAUUCAAUUAAAAUUGAAAGGUGCUAUCCCCAGCCUCCAACAGAUGCAGGGGCUCGGCACUCAUAACAAUUAUAGUUAACAGUUCGCAAAAAUCUUGUAUCUGUGCAAAGGGAAGUUCUUGUAGCAGCUUUUUAUGUACUGCAUUUGUAAUUCCAAUAUUAAACUUUGAGACUUGUAGCCUUAAAUGUGAUUAAGGUUUUGGCCCUACAUACUUUGUAUUUCUUCAUUCAGCUACUCUUUUUAGAAGGUCUUGUAAACUUUAAGAGAUCUGGCUGCUAAUUUGCUGAUCUCCUAAAUGUAUUGAAAUAAAAGGGUCCCUCUUCUAUGGGUCCCUUCCCAAUCUUUCCCCCUCUUUCUAUCCCCCCCUUCCUCCCCAGCACGCACGCAUACCAAAAUUAGAUUCCCAGGCACCACAUGUGCAUUAAAUAGUGGCUUUUCCACAAAGGAAAGUAAGGUUAUAAAAUGGGAGCUCUCUAAGAGGUUUUUUUGUUUUGUUUUUUGGGGUUUUUUGUUUUGUUUUUUUUAGUGAUUGUUGAAACCUGUGUCUGGGAGUUAAGUGCCCCUCAACAACUACAUGAAGUCUAGCUGGGCUCCAGACUUCCAAGCUGGCAAGAACCCUAUAAUGUGCAUUUUGACAUAAUGGUCUAAAUACCUAACUUUAAUUGUUAACCUUAAUAGAAUACAUUUUCAGUAAUUUUUUUUUAAGUAUUUAUAUCAAGUCUCCCAGGUGUGUGUACUGUACCUUUUGCUAAUUUUUGUCUUGUCUGUUGUCAGUAGAAUUUCAGUAUGCAGAACGUUGGGUGUUGCAGUACGGUUGGCUACCACCAACUGCUAUCAAACUGUUCAGUACAUUGUAAUUCAGUUUAACCCUGUUUAAAUAUUCUGUAACUGGGCAAAGGUGCUGUAUUUGAGGGGCAAGGGUAUAUAGUAUAAUAAUUUACAUACACCAUAGCACACAGUAGGGAAAUCCUAGCAUUUGUAGUACUAAACAAAUAUGUACAUAACAAAAAUGUCUUUUGUGUGCUUUGCAGAAUAUGUGCAUACAGUUUGCACGUCUUGUUUUGGGGGCGGGGUUUGUUUUAAGCAGUGUUUUUUGCUUGGAAGAGUGAUAUGCUUGCUGCUUAAUCAAAGGAUUAAAGUUUUAAAGGAAUCUGUGUCUUCUAUUUUUAUGUACCUUGUAAUGGUCUAAAAAUGUUAGGGCCCUUAUACUGUGAUUUCUCUUCUAAAUUCAUUUAUAUUUUUUUAAGAAUUAGAAAUAAAAUUAUACAAUGGUGUUCAUUGGGGAUUUUUUUUUAUUAUUAUUUUAUUUUAUUUCUUUUUUUUGCAUAUCACUAAAACCUCCUGUUUUGAUUGUAACCUAGUUUUAGGAAAUAAACUAUAAUUUCCAGGUUGGCUUAAUUUUGUCACAAUAAAAAUGUUUGCACAUUU